AUGACCGACAAGAACGACAUCGGAUGGAUGUACGAAGGAGCAAAGUCUCUUGUCGAUAAAAACUUCGAAAAGUACUCUGAUGCAGUGAAUGAGCAAAAGCCCGAUGCGUUUGAUGCUCUUCUACAUACUCGCACGGUUUUCAAACCACAGCCUUCAUCUACGAAAACAAGUGCACUGGAGAGUUAUGUUGUUGCGACGGAAGAUCCUUUGGUUGCUGUUAAGGUCAAAGAAGAGACCCGUCGUCGUGAAGUUCUUGAAAAUCCGUUGGUGAAGUUUAAAUUCCAAAAAAUGUUAAAAGAAAUGAUGGCGCAAAAGGAAGCGAAGGGUGAAAAGAAGAAAAAGAAGAAGAAGAAGAAAGCUAAAGACGGUGGAAAGGAGAAAAAAGAAAAGAAGAAAAAGAAAGCUCGAAGUUCAUCGGAAAAGAACAAUUCAGCGAAAGGCUCUCCAAAAAGGAAGGAUUCUCGCUCUGAGAGAGCACGGAAUGGAUCCGACAUUGCUUCGGACACAGAACGAGAAUCUCAUCGUAAACACAGGAGUACUGAUAGAACGGUAAAGGCAGUACUUUCGAAAUCGCCAGUACGCCAGGACAGAGACAGGAUUAUCAGAAGGACCGCUACUAAAGAGUGUGGUGAAAGAAACCAUCACGGCACAUCUGCUGAGCCUUCACAAGCCGAUACUGAGAAACCGCAAAAAGCUGUAGUUCACGAAUCAGAAGAUCCCUGUACGUCGAAAGAAGAGCGGAAGGAUCCUAAACAAAUACGAGCUUUCGACUCUCACAUACCUGAACAUCUCCGGCCAAAGAACUUUGCCUCUGACAAUGACGACGAUACGGAGGACGAAUUCGAUCGCAGGGAACGGGAGCACAAGAAGCGUUUUGAAGGAUUUGGCCUUGUUGGGGUAAAAGAAAAAGAAAAGCAUGAUGAAAGUGGACCAACUGAGAAUCCAUACGAACUGUCAAGGAAGCCUGCUCUUCCGGUGUACCAGAAACCGGAGCGUCGUCGUCCACUUACGGAAGAGGAAAAACAAGCGAAGUUGCGAGAAAUGAGUGAAAAUGCUGCAUGGCGGCAAUCUACACGGAACUCAAACUUAAAACGGGCCAAAUUGGCUGAAGAAAAGGAAGAUGAGGAAGAUAUGAGAGACAAAGCUCCGAGCUUCAUAAGGAGCCAACUUAACAGUGCCGCAAGUGAUCUCACCGUCGAACAUCGCCUGCAAAGCAACAAGAAAUCUCUUCAGCGUUCUCAUGGAUAUAUGGAGAAGAAAUUCACUUCUAAAUGA